AUGCGCCUCUCGUCACCAGCAACACUCGUCCGCCUGAACCCGAUCCUAAUCACCUCCGUCACAGCCGGCACGUCAAUCUGCCGCACCUUCACCUCGGCCAUCGAUACCAACGGCCUACCGCACUUCACCUGCCGCUUCCCAAUCUCCUCUUCCGGCAUGUCCAUCCCAGUCCGCCAUUCGAGCCACAGCCUCACCGACGCCGAUACCGUCUUCGAAGCCUGGCGCGGUGCAACCUUCUCCACCACCAUCGACGACCUGAACGACAGGGAGGCCUACAGGUCGAUGAAGCGCGCAAUAUCCGGUGAUUUGGGGAAAAUGCUCAUCACCAGCCCAUCGAUGCCUACGCUGGUCAUCGUCACCUUCAACAUCCGGCUUGAACACGAUCUGGACAUGCACAUCCAUCGGUUCCAGCGAAUCAAGGGCGCGGUUCGGAUGGGUGCAGGCUCGACGGUGGAGGAUUUGUUUCGCGCGGCGUGGAUGGUUGCGAGGGAGGGGCAGAGGGUGAUCUGGGACAGUGUGGAGGACAUGGACAACACGGAGGUGAGGACUUGGGAUGGAGAAGAACUUGGAGGAGUUCAUUCGAGUUGGAAGAGGAGGAUGCUUGGAAUUUCGAUGUUCCAGACGAAGCAGAGCGAGUUCUGGGAGGCUGGAAAUGAGGAGGAGCCGGAGCAGGUUGGAGGAGUACUGCUCGAUGACAAGGAGACAGGGAGGAUGGGACUUCGAUGUGGACUUGAGGCCGAGGAGCAAAAGCUUUCAAAAGUGAAAUGCCUACAAAAGCCCUUGUAUCAUUGCAGCAGUCUUCCCGUGGCCAGUCUCAAAAUCCUCUCCGGCACGGCGGGAGUGCACCCAAAGCUCAUCACUGGCCAGCUGAUGCUUCGACUGGCUCUCCACUACGACAAUACUACCCUGUCAACACGCAUCAACGCGCUGUACGCCAGUCAAGGCCAGAACACGAGAGGCGUCGACGCAUACUGCAUGUUCGACAAGACGGACAGACUGAACAUUGUUGAUCCAGCCCAGAAGCAGCUCAACGGGAGUGAAAGCCAGCUUCUCUACGUCAACCACCACCUAGCUACUGUCGUCAAUUCAGCAACUACCAUUGACCUCACCAUUCUCCCGUCAUGCUUUCCCUCCACGUCGUCAUGUGUAUGA